UAAAGCCCAUGUGCCGGGGAGGAUGCCACGAGACCGAAGCAAGGCACCUUAGCGAGUACUGAGAUUCAGAUAGCGCUCAAGGAGCCCCGUUUGCACACCAUGAACACCUUGAUCAUUCUGUCCAGCCUGUUGGCGGUGGCCGUCGCCAGGCCAGGUCUGCUGUUGAGCCCUCAGCUGGCGACGCUAUCCGCGCCGAUCCUGACGAAACUGGUCCCCGGAGCACCCAUCGGCCUAGAUGGCCGUGUGGUGGACACACCGGAAGUGGCCCUGGCCAAGGCAGAGCACGCCGCCGCUCACAUCAACGAGAGGAUCGCCCUAGCCAACGAAGCAGUCAAGUCUGCGGACCAAGUGAUCGCCUACACGUCGCCUGUUCUGACUACCGGCGACCUGGAAACCGUAGCCAUCGCUAAGAUCGUCCCCCCUGCUCCUCUCGGGCCCGAUGGCCGCGUUGUUGACACACCGGAAGUCGCCCUCGCCAAGGCGGAACACACUGCCGCUCACGUGAACGAGAAACUCGGCCUGGCUGCCGAAGCCGGCAAAAAUCUCGAGCUGCCUUUGGUGGUCUCCGCGUACUCCGCUCCAGUGAUUCAGAAGUACCUAAUCGCUACGCCGGCCGAAGCGGAAACCACUGUCUCCCACUGUCCAUCAGCAGCGCUUCAUCGGCCGGGAACGAAGGGAGGGACACUGGUUAGAAGAGGACCAUACGGAGAGAAAGGGACCGCGCGAUUACACCAGGGCGACAUGAGAGGCUUGAUCAUUAUAUUCGCCGUGGCAGCGAGCUGCAGCGCCGGCUACGUGAGCCAACCGAGCUAUGUAGACCAACAACCCCAACUUCAUGGCCAACCGAUUCCCCAAAGGUUUGCACCCCCAGCACCGGUCGGUCAAGACGGAAACGUAAUCGACACGCCGGAAGUAGCACAAGCGAAGGCUGCCCACUUCGCAGAGUUCGCUAGGGCUGCUGCGAGAGCCGCGGAGGAAGCCAAGAACCGACCCCAAACUGCAGAAUACAGUCCACAGAUUCCGUCGCAGGCUUACAAUUAUGCACCGGCGCAGCCCACAGCUCCUACCUACCUCAGACAACCGAGCUACCAGUCGCAAGCUCCUGCUUACCAAUCUGCUCCAGUUCAGGCCCCGGCAUACAGCCAGCAAAGCCCAGUGGCCUACCAGCCGCAAUACAGUAACAGCGCCAACUACGUCGGGCCUCCAAACUAUGCUGCUGCCACCGCGAAGCCCACCCCCUUCGUUCCUGCCCCCCUCGCUGAAGAUGGCACGGUAAUCGACACGCCGGAAGUGGCAGCCCUGAAGGCCGCCAGGCUGGCGGAGUUGGCCGAGGCCGAAGCCAGGGCAUACAAGUACGCGCAAGACUUUAAACCGGAAGUUGGAGGCCAAGCCUUCGCUGGGCCGACCGGUCAAGUUCCUUACGAUGGCCUACAAUACAACGCUCCUGCGCCGCAAGUGCUUCCUGGCCCGGGACUGCCGUAUCAUGCUCCACAAGCCGCUUAUGCGAAAUCAUCGUUCCCAGCGCAAAGCUAUCAAAGAGUCAGCACCUACUGAUCCUGGACAAUUUUCUUGAAAAAUCGGGACAUCUGUACAUAAUUUAGGCCAAUAAAUUGUUCACAUUUUAAAAAAAAGAAAGCAGACGCAA